AUGAUCCAGGUGUCAUUAGGCCGAGUGACAUUCUGUCNGUCAUAUUGUAACAGGACGUGGGAUGGAGUGAUGUGCUGGCCGGACACCCCUGCGGGCACCACCAGCGAGCAACGGUGUCCAAACUACGUCAACGGUUUUAAUAUUGAAGAGUCUGCGACCAAAAGGUGUCUGGAAGACGGUUCAUGGUUUUACAGUACUGUCUACAAUAGAUCUUGGACCAAUUAUUCCACGUGUCAGGCAAACAUUAAGGACAUCCCGGUCCUCUCGACAUUCAUGAAGGAUCAUCUUAAUAACAUUCAGCUCUUGUACAGUAUUGGAUACGGUAUCUCGCUGAUCUGCCUGGUGGUGGCGCUAGUAGUCAUGAUUAGUUUCAGGCGUCUCCACUGUCCAAGAAACACCAUUCACUGCAACCUGUUCCUGUCAUUCGCACUGAGAGCGGGGAUAACACUUCUAAAGGACAACAUACUGGAGGGUGACUUGGGCCUGCCCAACGAUGUGGUGCAACGCACGAACGGUAUCUAUGAAUUCCUAGGAAACGGAACGCAUUGGGAGUGCAAGCUUCUCUUCGUGAUGCUUCACUACGCCAUUGGAGCCAACUACUCUUGGGUUCUGAUGGAAGGACUGUACCUUCACAUGCUGAUCUUCGUGGCUGUCUUCUCUGAGAACAGCAGCAUUCGGUGGUACAUCGUGUUGGGAUGGUGUUAUCCACUGCUGUUUGUGAUACCAUGGGCUAUCCUUAAGGCGACAUACGACGACCAGGACUGUUGGAACACUCACACGGACAAACCGUACAGCUGGGUUUUACGUGGAUCCCAUGUGUUAACAUGUCUGGUAAACAUUAUUAUCUUCCUGAACAUCGUCCGCGUGCUUUUUAUCAAGCUACGCGCCAGUAGCUCCCAGCAGGCAAGGAGGUACAAAAGACUGGCCAAAUCCACCCUAGUUCUUAUGCCCCUAUUUGGCGUCUACUAUCUUCUCUUCAUCACCUUCACCCUGCUCUACGGACAGCUGGACGAGAAAGUCGAGGUGGCCUACCUCUACCUAGAAAUGUUCUUUACAUCAUUCUCUGGAGCCGUGAUAGCUUUCCUGUUCUGUUUCCUCAACAACGAGGUGAAAACAGAAAUACGUAAACGAUGGGAGAGAUAUAAACUGUCCAGGUUCGGCGACGAUCGCCGCUCCUCCAAAAACAUUAACACCUUAAUAUCUUACCUGAGUAGAAACAGACAUUCGGACUACUCCAUACACUCAAAUAAUGUGAUCAAACGAGAUUCUCCUCCGAUAAACGGGAGGAACAAUAUACCAAGCGACCGGCCGUCACAAACGCGCAAAGUUAAAGACAAUAAUGUGCUUUUAGAACUGCCAAUACGAAAGUCGAAUGGUGUUCUUGGCAAAAGCAAUGGAGUUGCUGACGUCACGCUUGACGUCGAUUUUAUCGAAAAUGACUUCACUACCACGGAAAAUGACGUCACUGUUGGGAGAAGCAAUUCACGGGCUGACUCGGACUCACAAUUGUCGGAUUCCAUUGGGAAGGAUCAGUCUACAGUAUUAUUACCCAAUAACAACUGCACUGCCGUCAUCGAAUCUCUGCCAAAGAAGCUUCACCGAGACUCCGGGAACGAAAGCGGUAGUUCUUUGUCCAAGGAUCUUCCCUUAAAGCCUCACUGCGAAGAGGGGGACCCCGAGGAGCAAGAGGUCCUUCUCCAACGUCGAUCGACGUCGGGAGGUAUUUCGAUGAAGUGAUUAGGGAAGCACGCACGCUGGAUGCCAUCCAUGAAUGAGCUGCUGUGUUCACACCAAAAAGAUAUGGACCGCAACUUGUCCGCACAUGAGUCCUUUUCAAAUUUGGGAGUGUUAUAAACAUGAUCCCCGUGUUUACCUUACAGCAGAAAGAUGAAACUUGUUAGUCGAAUCAUUUUUUUAAUUGUUCAUCUAUUCACUUCCUUUUGGAAAAAUACGUGGAUUUUUAUUUAGAUGAGACUCUAUGCGGGAUGUUCAAGAAAAGUGCGGAAUUC